GCAUCCCAACCCCCGCCACAGGAACCUCACCUCCCUGCCGCAGAUUUCUCUUGGCUCCGCUCCUUGGACCCGCGCCUGUCUCCUCCCACAGGAGCCAGAAAAAGGUCACAGAUGUUUGGAAAAAUAUUUAGGUUUAGUUCUGUGCCUUGAGAUGCGUUUGCAACAUGAGAUUCAACGAGAAGAAACCGGGUAGGAGAGCGGGAUUGGUGCUGAGCCGGGGCCGCCCGGGGGUGCCCAGUGACCGAGUGCCGAUCGCUUCACCUGACAGCAGCAGCGAGCCGACCUGGUGGAGACACACGGCUGGUGUCAGCAACGGCAGGAGGGACCAUUUUGUAGAAGAGCUAAUGGAUGAAGAUGACAAAGACAAGGCAAAGAGGGCUUCACGUAACAAAUCUGAGAAAAAGAGACGUGAUCAGUUCAAUGUCCUCAUUAAAGAACUCAGUGUUAUGCUUCCAGGCAGUAUCCGUAAACUGGAUAAGUCUACAGUGCUCCAGAAAACAAUUAACUUUUUACAAAAACAUAAUGAGACUUCAGCACAGACAGAAACAAGUAUCAUCCAACAUAACUGGAAGCCUUCAUUUCUGAGCAAUGAGGAAUUCACACAAUUGAUGUUAGAGGCAUUGGAUGGAUUCUUCAUUGCUCUAACAACAGAUGGAAAUAUAAUUUAUGUUUCUGAUAGCAUCACACCUCUACUCGGGCACUUACCUUCUGAUAUCAUCGAUCAGAAUAUAUUAAACUUCCUCCCAGAGCAGGAGCACAGAGAAAUAUAUAAAUUGCUGUCCUCUCAUACUUUGGCAACAGACACUGUUUUGCCAGACUACUUAAACAGUCGGAUUCGCCCCGUCGAGCGGGGCCGAGGCCGCACUGGUCCGGCAGGACUUCCGUACGGCGUCCCGCCGAUUUGA